AUGGCGGAGCGGGGAGCGGGGCCGCCCGCCGCGCCGAGCCCCGCGCUCAGAGCCGCCGUCCGGCUCCGCUGCGGGAGCGGCCGCGGGGCGAAGGCGCGGCGCCGCGGCUCGGCCCGCCCGCGGGCGGCGACGCCGGGAGUCGGGGCGGAACCGCACCUGCCUGCCGCCGCCGCCGGGGAGCCCGCGGCGACCGCUCCGCUUCGCGGCGGCUGCGCCGACAGACGGGCGGGCCGAGCGGGGCGCCGCGCUGACGGAGCUCUGGGGGCCCGGGGCCGCGCUGCUCCAUCGGCAGCCCGCCGUGAAACCGCCCGGCGGGGAGCCCCGGGAUCGCGGUACUCGUGGGAGCCUGCGGCAGCGCGCCGAGAAGGGAAGGGGCUGGAGCAGCAGCAGACACCGCUACACUACAGACGUGGCGAAUCCAGGGCAGCAAGGACCGUCACUGCUCCAACCACGGAUCUUGGCUCACGAGGUGAGGAAGCCCAACAGGACAGACAGCAGAUGCCGUCUGCCCAGAGCUCCCCUGCUCCUCGAUUGCAGCCUGGACAGGAAGUUAUUGUCAAGAACACAAAACUCAACAUUGCCACAACUAAAGGAAAAUCCCAGAGAAAGAACCAGCUGCCUGCAGCACGCUCUCAGCACGCUGAUGCCUCCUACAAAACGAGCCUGCAGGGCUCAUGUGACAGGCAGGGACACAUCGUACAGCAAACAGACCCUGAGCCACUAUCUCUGCAUCCUGGGAACCCACAUGGCAAAAAAUUCUGAUGCUGGAGAAAAAUCAACGGCAAUGUAAAAUAAUGCUUUAUUAAAAACCUGCAUUCCAUUUCCAUGUCGUCGUUGAUAACAGAGAAAACACCUUAUUCAGUAGUUAAUAUGGUUAACUGCAUUCAUUACUUUAUUCGUAAGACUGACCUUUAAAAGUUAGACAAAAAGAAAACUAAGCCUGAUGCCAUAAGAAAACAGCUUGAUUGCAGAACGUCAGUUUCAAGAGCAAUCACAUUUACUAUCCUCCAGAUACAAAAUGUAGAAAUCCAAAGUGCUGUAUUGUUAUGAAACAAACUAAGCUUCAACAUCCCUCUGAAGUAGGGGAGAGUCUUACCCCCAUUUUAUUACAGAUGAGGAAAAAUUCACAUGCAGAAAAAUUGACUUGCUGUCUGUGUCACCAAGUUAGUGGCAAAGCUGGAAACAGAGGUCAUGUUCUCUCAUCUCUUAACAGGACUUCAGUCGUCCUAACAGAAUGCACAAUGUGAAUAUGGCCAUAAAGGUCUAACAUCAAGGAUUGUCACAGGUUAUAAUCUAAAUUAUACUUCACCAGCAUUUCUAAAAGUGAAUUAUGUCUGAAAAUUUAAAAUACAAAAAAUAAAAGCAUUGCCUGCUUCAGGCUGAAGGCAGCAAAAUACCACACUAUCAGUCUUCUCAAUGCCCUCCAAGCUUGGGUCAGCUUUUUUUUUUUUUUUUUAAUUUUUAACUAAAAAUUGUAAGAGAUGUGAAGUCACUGGAAUGUUACAGUAGGAUAGAUGUUUCCUGUUCCAAAAACUAAAUGUCAAAGUGAAGGUUAAGCAUUUCAUUUUGCCUUGGCAUUUAUCAAGCAGUUGGAGGCUGCUGCCCUGCAGAGCUCUCUGUUUUGGCAUUACUGCCUAAUUAACACCAAUAUUGAAGAACUGUUUAACAUAAGACAUUCACUCAAGGCACCAAGGCUCCUUCUCUGCAGAAAAGCUGAGGUUGUUUUUCAUUAUGUUAGGACCCCAUUAGAGAAUCAUGUAAGACUUUAUUACAUUGCUUGUGUAUAAAUGUCAGUUAAUGUUUUCCAUUCAUUCUUUCAGCCUGCUAACAAUGUUUGAAUGCACAAAAAUUCACUUAAAUUCAGAAGUGAAGAAAGUAAGGUUACAAAUGAGGCUAAGAGGUACCUCCUCCUAAUGGCAACUUUAAAUUCAGUCACAUCAGUAAACACAUCCAAUGCUGAUAUUCUGUGUAGGAAGCCAUUGCUCUUAAUUAGCAGACGCAAAUGCAUAUACUUAGAAAUCUGUAUCAUCUUAGCAGGGAUGAUAAUGUGAUGCUUAAAGCCAGCAGAGAAGAUUCUUAGGAAGCACAGCUCUAGAAGGGGUCAGCUUACUGCAAACAAGUGAAUGUUGCAUCACCCUUUUCAGUGCUGCUUUUUUUUCCAUUAUACCUAGGAUGGGAAUCUCUAAUAGUACUAUACCAUUUAGUGGUGUGCAGACAUCCCAGAACACACCUAACAGUGAAUUUCCUGAUGUCUUCCAAUUCAGGAUCUGUCCACCAGUGGAGGGAACUGUUGGACUGUUAGUGAAAUCCAACAGCUAUUCACCUAGGAUCUUCUCAGCCACAUCCUGAAAACCUUAUCAGGAUAAACACCAAGACCGUGGUUUUAAAACUGUCUUUUAAAUAGACAAAACUAGUUGUUGCUAUGGGAUACAAGGAAAAGAAAACUAGCUAAAUCAAUGCAGAAGCUUUUUUUCCCCCCCCUACAGCAUCGUAAGAACUCCACAACAUGAAUCAAUCGCCUUAAGGAAUACUGUGAGCACAGAUGUGAACCAUCAAUUGAAGUAUCUGAACCAGCAGGCUGAUCUGACGCUCUCUUUCACAUUUUGUCAUUCUUCUGCUUAUAACUUCUCUGAACAGUUGUGCAAGGCUACCCACGUCACUUACUUAAUCUGCUAACAUCCACUGUGAUAGUAGUAACAUGAAAAAAACUCAUUUGCCAAGAAAUACGAAUGCCAUACUUAUUAAUUUUUAAAUGGCAGACUUAUUUGUUGCACAAUGGAAAAACAAAAAAGUACGAGACUAAACUCAAACUAUCAAGUAAAGCAAAAAGAACAUUUCACUACAGUCUUCACUGGUGGCUUCAAAGCACCCACCAUGAUUUAAUUUAAAUAUUAUCAGUGAAGAAAAAUCAACUGAAAAAGAGAAGAAAGAAAUAAAAUCCACAUCA